GCUCAACCAUCAUGUCGAAUCGAACUGUUCCUUUGCGUAGAAGGACCUCCUUAUUGCAGGAUCCAUCUGACAGGAAACCUCCCACUAUAAAUGACUUACGAGUAAAAGAAUGCUAUAUCUGCAGAGAUGAAGAACGAUACGAUGAUCCUGCUGCAAAUCGUAGAGAAUGGGUGCAUCCAUGUAAAUGCAAGCUGAUUGCGCACCAAUCGUGCCUGAAGAGCUUCGUGACCAGGGGACCAGCAAACAGACGAAAAUGUCCUCAAUGUGGCUUUGAAUAUCAGAUACAAAGCAGUCUUGCAUUUCUCAGCUCCUCGUUGUUUUUCCGGAUCGGAGAUACUAUCUUCCAAGCGAUGGGGAUGAGCUUCCUCGCUACGUCGGCCGUUGGGCUGGCAACAUUCACUGCUGUCAGUGUUUUUACUGUUGGGACAGGAUACGGUGCGAUAGCGGUCAGAGAAUAUUUUGGUCCUGGGUUAUUCGACCUCUUGCUGACUGACGAGCCAACUAAUUGGCAUGCUGGACAUUUUAUCUUUCUUUUUCUGACACCAUUACGUCUAGUGUCUCCCGUCAUGAACCUGGGCACCUUCACACCCUUUUUCUUCCUGUGGCCGUCAAUCCCUCCUCAUUCCGUACGAGAACAACUUACAGCGGAAUCCAGCCGACUCGAUGGGAUUUUCCCGACAACUCCUUCCACAGAUCAGAAAUGGCCUCCUGGCUUGAAGACAUUCGGAUUCAUAGUUGUCGGCACGUCUAUGUUGUACCACCGCGUAUUUGCUCGCUUUUCUGAGUGGGUAUUGGGCAUGAAACAGCCUGAACCAAGAGGGUUGUUUAGAGGGCUGACAUUCCGACGAGAGUUUCGUCGCCAGGAAGGUCCGGAUGGGGCAGAACAAGAAGCAGUGCUGCAAGUGCAGCGCGAGGCUCCAGAGGAACCCGACACGCCUUUCGCCAAUCUGAAUGGGGUUACGCAGUACCCGAAUAUUUCGAUAAUGAUUGGGCUACUAAAGCCUUUCAUUGCGAGCGGAAUGGGUCAUCUUCUUUAUCUCGGCGCACAACAUUCGAGUACCUUACGCUUGGUCCUUGGUAUUCGACGUUUUGGAGAUAUCACUCCAUUGUAUACAUCCCCGAAACUUGUACCCGAACUGUCCGACAAUAUCUGGUACUGGAAGUACUACACUGCAACGGCCGUUCACGAAAUGGAUCCUGUUUGGAUUCGUAAUUCAAUCGGACUAGGUAUUUUUAUCGUAAUGAAAGAUUGUCUGCACCUUUUCCACUUGUGGUUGACGAAGCGUGAAUUGGCUAGCCGAAGGUUGAAGAAUCGUGAUUUUGCGGGUGUAGACUUGAAUGAACUUGACCUAAUUCGACCUGUAUCUAACAGUAUAUCCUCAUGAAUUCUCAUUAGGUUCAGAUCUACAUGUAAACGUCGGCAACAC